CAAACAUAACCAAUAAAUUAAUAGUAUAUGAGUAGUCUAUGGAAAUUGAAAUUUGAACCUCUCGAGAGUGAACAGUUGAGGCCUUUAAUAUUUAAUUAGAAACUAGCCUAUGUUAUUUUGAUAAUUUUUUUUACUAGGGACGAGCAUGAUGUUAAUAGAACUGUAAAUUAUUAUCUGUUUAAAUAGAUAAUACACACUUAUUGAGUAUGAGAAUUAUCCAGGUUUGAACAUUCCAGAUUAGGGAUACAUGUUAUGGGUUUUAACAUGAAUAUUUCUGAAGCUGAAAGUGUAUGUAGAUAUUUGAGGAGCAGAGAGAUACAAAUGUUACCAAAUAACGAAUGGCUUCUUAACUGCAUGGAUUGGUACAGAUCCCACCCAGAAUUGGUCCAGGUCUACGGCUCUCUACAAGAGUAUGUUUGUAUCCAGUGGUUGUUGGCUGAUCUACAAGAUGUGCAGCAUGGUUGUCUGCCAACCAACUAUAACAAUGGAAACUUGGAGUUGAGUGGGAAAUAUACAGUUCAGAUAAACUGGAUACGUGACAUAGGCCAGUCUUGCUACUCACAACUGCGAGCAGCGCAGAACAUAAAUGAGGCUGAAAGCAAUGAUAGUGUGUCAGCUGAUGAACCUAAGAAACAGAGCUGGGAGCCCAACCCUAAGAGAGUGUUGAUGAUGGAGAUUUCCGAUGGCUUAACCACUUUAAAGGCCAUGGAGUACGCCCCAAUUCCAAAGUUGACUGAACCAUUUCUUCCUGGUCUCAAGGUAUUACUACUAGGUCCAAUUGAGUGUAGAAGGGGUAUUCUUUUCCUGAAAAACAAUAACAUCAAUCUUCUUGGUGGUGAAGCGGACCAUUUGUUUCAAAUUAACUCAAAAGAGAAUCUCCUAUCAAGAUGUUUAAAUAUUCCAGGUAGUACUGCAACUGAAGAAAGGCACAUAAGCAGGGACAUAAACCAAAGUUCGGUGAGAACAAACCGACGUCAGCAGCAUAUAAACAGAGACACUGGAAGAUUCAGUACAAAUGGUAAAUAA